UUGGGGCAUUUUAAAGGUUCAUAAUGCAUUUCUUGUGUGUGAUCCUGGGGCUUCUUUUUGCACAUUCCCAUUCUUUGGAAUCAAAUGAUUCACCAUUUCAGCUUACCAACAGGCACAGAAUUUUGCUUAGUUAAAGCUGGCAGCAGGUGCGACGACAUACGCUGGACAACUGGCAAUCGACUGCUGGUUCCCAGGGUGAAAUGCCUGGGAGUUCAGGGAAAAAGUGUCGGGAAUCAAGUGAGCCUGUACAACUGUGAUGAAACAAGUGAACUCCAAAAGUGGGAAUGUAAGAAUGAAACGGUGCUUGCCCUCCAAGGCCAGGAGCUUUAUAUGGAGCUUAGAGCAGAUAACCAAGCUGUACUAUCAAAAGCAAUGGGACCCAACAGCCAACUCACCAUUUCAGGGAUAUCUAGUGGAGCUUGCACAAGAACCUAUAGAGAAUUUUAUACAAUUGAAGGGAAUGCGGCGGGAAGGCCCUGCAUGUUUCCCUUUAUGUACAAAACUCAGUGGUACUCAAGUUGCACUUCAGUCGACACUGGAAACGGCAGGCUUUGGUGCUCAGUUGAAACAACAUUUGAAAAUCAACUGUGGGGCUAUUGCCCAACCAGCAAUAAAGACAACUGGAUUAAGGAUCCGAUAAAUGGAGCAGCAUACCAGCUGAACAUCGAGUCUGCUCUGACGUGGUGGCAGGCUGAAACCAGCUGCAAGCAGCAGAACGCUUCCCUCCUAAGUAUCACUGAUCCCCAUCAGCAAGCUUAUAUCACAGAACUACUCAAAGCAGGACGUAACAAGCAAGGGUAUAAAUUUUGGACUGGGCUGAACUGCCAUAUACAAUAUGGCAAGGAGUUUACACAACAUGGCUGGAAGUGGUCUGAUGGGAGACCGUUACGUUACCUGAAUUGGGAUUCAGGGCACCCAUUUUCUAGUCAUCUACGUAAUUGUGGCCUCAUUGAUGGUGCUGUGACGUUUUCAUGGCAAAGCUUUAAAUGUGACAACGAACUGGGAUACAUCUGCUACAGUAAAGAAGUUCUGGCUUCUCCAACUAAAGGCCUUGACGUGGGAUUUUGCUCAGCACCUUGGAUUCCAUAUAAUGGCCGCUGCUUCCACAUCUUUCGCACUGAAAAAACCUGGUCUGAUGCUCAGUUAGCUUGUCGUCGUGAGGGAGGGGACCUUGUAAGCGUCUACAAUAAGGAGGACCAAAGCUUUGUCAUCUCUCAGCUUGGAUAUGAAUCCACUGAUGAGCUUUGGAUCGGACUGAAUGAUAGAGAGACAGAAGGCUUGUUUGACUGGAGUGACCAGACCACAGUUAGCUUCACCAGCUGGGAGUCUUCACCAACAGCUGCAACUGACCUUCACGACUGUGUUCUUAUGAGAGGAUAUGCUGGAUAUUGGGUUGACAGUAACUGUCAAGUCGAACAUGGCUUCAUUUGCAUGAAAAAUAGUACUUCUGAAUCCUCAGGAGAUGGAGUAGACCUCAAUCUGGGAUGCAAACAUGGUUGGAAAAGACAUAGAUCCUACUGCUACUAUAUUGGGACUGAGUCUAAGACAUAUGAUGAAGCAAAAGAUCAUUGCAAGAGAACCAGUUCCUACCUGGCUGAUGUUUCAGACAGGGUGGAUAAUGCCUUCUUAAUCAGCUUGGUUGGUCUGAGACCAGAGAAACAUUUCUGGUUAGGGCUUUCAAACCAGAAGCACCCAGGGGUCUUUGAGUGGACCAGCAUGGCCCCUGUGAGAUAUACUCACUGGAACAGUGAAAUGCCAGGCCACCAAACGGGCUGUGUCGCAAUGGCCACUGGUACUUCUGCCGGACUGUGGGACGUUUUGCCUUGUAUAAACAGAGAGAAGUACAUCUGCAAAUAUCAAGCAGAAGGGACAGCUACCACUCCUGCACCAACAUCUCUCCCAUCUGACAAAUGUCCAGUUGAAUGGACCAAAGUCAUAUCAAAACCCAUCUGCUUUAAGGUGUUUUCAACAAAUUUAAAAAUGAGGACAUGGUUUGAGGCCAGAGAUUACUGCACAGCGAUUGGAGGAGACCUUCUGAGCAUCCAUAGUGCCGCUGAGCUGCGCUUGCUGCAACAAUUCUAUGGAAGAAUUUGGAUUGGACUGAGUGCUCCUGACUCAAGCAAUGGUUAUAUGUGGAGUGAUGGAUCCCCAGUGAACUUUCAACACUGGAGAAAUGGGGAGCCAAAUAACAAAAACAAUGCAGAAACUUGUGUUGAAAUGUAUACACAUAAUACGGGUAACUAUGGGUCUUGGAAUGAUAUUAAUUGUGAAACAUACAGACCCUGGGUGUGUCAGAUCCAUACAGGAUUCACACCAAAGUCUCCUCCACCCGAUAUUACUCCAUACUACAACUUUACAUCUGAUGGGUGGCUAAAAUGGAAAGGGAAUCAGUAUUAUAUUAACAACCAGCGAACAGCCAUGGAAGAUGCAAGACAGUUCUGCCAAGACAGACAUGGUGACUUGGUAACCUUUGAGAGUCAAGAUGAAAAUGCAUUUUUGUGGAAACAGGUACAGACAGAGUACAUACCUUUCUGGAUUGGUUUGACUGUGGAUCUUGACCGAAGUGUUCAAUGGGUUGAUGGUUCUCCAGUGUUAUUCCAAUGGUGGGAAGCUCAUCAGCCUGAUUUCAGAAAUUUUGAUGAGAACUGUGUUGUUAUGACGACUGACAAUGGUUUUUGGCAUGAUUAUAAUUGUGGAUUUGAAUUCAAAUCUAUUUGUAAACGCAGUGGUUCUCCACCUGCAAAUGCCACUGUGGUUCCUAAAGUGGCACCAAAAGGUGGCUGUGAAGAUUCCUGGAAAAUGAUUAACUCUAUGUGUUACAAGAUCAUAAAUGACCAGAAGUUGACAUGGAAUGGAGCAAGGGAUCAAUGCAGAAACAUGAGUGGAAACUUGGCUUCUAUUGCUUCCAGACAAACCCAAGUGUUUUUAGUGUCUCAAAUGUCUGAGAAUCCCACUUCAGACCUGUGGAUUGGUUUUCAUAGUGCUUACAAGACUGGGUUUUACUGGACUGAUGGACGACCAAAGUCAUUUAUCAACAUACAUUUUGAGGAACGUCCCUUUGUAAGCCUUUUAUCUCUUGAUGAUGAUGACAUAUUCCCGAUGCCGUAUAGGAGCGAAAUUAGUAGCUAUCUGAAACCUGCAUAUCGGUAUCAGGGAACAUGUGCUGUUAUCAACACCAAACCUUCACUUGGUAUUGGUAAAUGGAUACCAAAGACCUGCAAUGACACCAAUGGAUUUAUAUGUGCAAAAGCUGUUGACCCAAAAAUCAAUGCUUCUGAUGAAUCAAAAGCUUCAAGCUACAUCAAAAUAGCAAACGACUCCAUUAAGUUUAUUGAGCAACAAAUGACCUGGGAUGCAGCGAGAAAGAACUGUGAAGCUGAUGGUGCCAAUCUGGCCAGCAUUCUGACUGAAUGGACGCAGGCGUACAUUGAGCUGCUGGCUAUACAUUUCAACCGUUCUUUAUGGAUUGGACUCAACAAAGCUCAGACCAACAAUUAUUUCAGAUUUAUUGAAGGCUGGCAUGUUAAAUUCUCACACUGGGCCAACAAUGAACCACGUAGAUAUGGAACUUGUGUCUAUGUGGAUGUGGAUGGAAAAUGGAAAACUGGUAACUGCAAUGAGAGCAUCAGCAGUGUUUGCAUGAAGUCAACAGAUACGCCACCAACAGCAGACCCGAAUGAAAUUACAGGAGUUUGUCCAGAUUCAUCUGUUUCAUGGCAGCGUGACUCCUGGAUACCUUUUAGAGGAUUUUGUUACCUAUUUGUUUCUCACAUAAGGAAAUGGGCAGAUGCAGCUACCACCUGUGUGGCACUUGGUGGAAGCCUUGUGAGCAUCGCAGAUCCCAUAGAGCAGGAAUUCAUACAAAGUAACAUUGGAUUAUUUCAGGACAGAUACACGUCUUACUGGUUAGGCCUGUUCAAAACUCAUAGAGGGGAGUGGAUGUGGUUGGAUAAAACUGUCAUGGAUUUUGCUAACUGGGAUAUUGGCCAACCUGGUUAUAAAAACUAUGUGCUGAUAAGAGCAUCAGAUGGGACAUGGCACACAGGCAGUCAAACGAAUGACAGACCAUAUAUCUGCAAAACAGCCAAAGUGUUGCCACCACAUACAUCACCCUCACCUCAUGUUUUAUUAGCUUCUCAGGAUCGCAGCCGCAUCCCUUUAUCAGUUUUGCUCAUUGCUGGGGCUGCAGUGGGGGGAGGCAUCGUGUUUGUUCUCUUCAAGAAGUCCUGUCGUCACUUAUCAAGUUCUAGGUUAGGCACCUUUGACAACCCUCUCUUCAGCAACAAACGGUUGGAGUUGGUUGACAAUGGAAAUCUAGAAGAGAAUGGAGAUUAAAAGAGCACCCAGACCUGUGAUAUCUUUACAAGUAUAAAAAUACAGAUGAAAUUCCCUGUUCAGUUUGCGUUCUUUCAUAAUUUUAAUCAUUUGCUUGAUGAAAUAAUCUGAAUGGCUGGGAAAAAUGCAGGACAUUUUGUGUAAAAUGACCCAAAAAAUUAUGGAAGUAAAAUG